AAGAGGCUACUGAAAAUGACAGAUUCUAUGAAGUUCGGUCCUGAAUGGUUGCGCAAUAUGUCAGCGGAGCCUUCAGGAUCUUCCAGUAGCAAUAACGGUGGAGGAACCAAUAGCUCUCUGGCAACGCACAGCCUUAGCAACAACACGACAGCAGCUUCCUCUCGCAAUAUGUUUCCAGAGUACCGGUAUGGACGUGAAGAAAUGCUGUCAUUGUUUGAUCGGCACUGUUUGUUGCCGCAGAUUUUACCUUCGUUUAAGAAGCUUUUUGUGGACAAAGUUCAGUAUCCGCUGGCCCUGACGCCAAGCACUGAAGAGGAUAACAAUCAAACUGGGAGUAGCUCUCGUCCAGCCUGGUUGCAGCGCUCGACGGGUGGAUUUGGAACAGCUCCGCGUGGCACUGGACGUGGUGGAACAGUCGAUCGGGGCCGAAUGCGCGGAAAAUCAGUUUAUCAUCCUAUAUAUCAGCGCCCUGGUGGUUUAUACGACGAAGGUCUAUCAGCUAUGUCCAUCAAGACUGAACGAAAUUGGAACGAGCGAAAUGGAACAGGUGAUUCAGUGGCUGUUAGCACAUCACUUGGCAAUGCGGGAGGCCUGGACUGGAACGGGACACCUAGUUCGAGUCCCAGAAAAGAGUUCUCAAGUCAUCAUCGGAACAUGGAAAACUGGCGGCGAAGUCGAAACGAAGAUGGAUCUGGAGACGGCCCGAUUACAAGCAAUAACCUUUCUGGAUCGGAUGUUGCCGGAUGGAGAAGCAGUGGCGGUGGAGGAAGUACCAAUACUAGCUUUGUGGCCAACACGCACCGCUGGGGUCGGUCUACUAGUUGGCGUGACGAGGACUCCAACUUGGAUGGAUUAGCCAGUAUACAGCGCUCUAUUUCGACGGUUGGGACUGUAGAUAUUGAUCGUGAGCGAGGAGGAAGCAUCAAGACAGGAGCGGGAUUGGCUGCUGCUUCAGUCCGUCAGCCGGGCGCUAAAAACUCUCAAUUGUGGUCUGGCAGCAAUAUUGGCGGUGGUGAUACCGAAGACAAUCUUCCUGAGUGGGCUAUGGAGAAUCCAUCUGAAUUAGGUGGCACCUUUGAUUCGAGUGGCGCUUUUCACGGUGAUGCCGAUCUACAAAAGGCCAAGGCUGCAGCUGGAGAAAAGGACUCCAACGAUGCGGUAAACUCUGCUGCUUCAAACUCCGGCAACAACUUAUCUCAGACUGGGAGCAGGAAUCACACUGACGGAGACAUUGAUGGCGAUAAGGACUUCGAAGGGAAGAUAGAAUCGCACCCAAUGAAAUUCUCGGACUUGAAUGAAAGCUGUCAAUCUCCAAAAGACCCAACAGCCUCAAUUGGUGAAGCUGUCCACGGAGAUAUAUCGGAUAGAAUUAAAGAAGUGGCCGAUGAGGUGGAGAAACUGAUAAUGGACGAUGAUAAUAGAGUAACCCACAAUCAUAGAGAACCACAAAUAGAUAGCGGCCGGUUCGCAAGUACAAUGCCUGGUCUAGCAGAGAUUGAGAUGAGCAUUAAGUCGAACACUGUGGGCGACGCUGCUCUGCUUCAACAACAGCAUCCGCAUCCUCCGCAUCAUGCCAUACCUAUUGCAGUUCCGAUUUCGGUUCCCAAUUCAAGCAUUGCCCAUCCAUCACAUCAGCAUCCGAGUUUACCUUUUCCGGACCAGUUGGCUAUGCAACAUCACCACCAACUGCACCACCAACACCAUUUGACAAUGCUUCCUACAUCGCAGAUGAUGAAUUCGAAUCCUAAUGAGUUGUGGUUCUACCGGGAUCCUCAGUCUAAUGUUCAGGGACCGUUCAGUGCCAUGGAGAUGACGGAAUGGUAUCGGGCCGGGUACUUUAAUGAAAACCUCUUUGUGCGCCGCUUCUCCGACAGUAGAUUUAGGCCAUUGGGUGAGCUAAUAAAGCUUUGCCACGGCAACAUGCCGUUCUCGCACAGCCAUUUGCUGCCUUCACCGAUGGACUUGGACAAUCUUCCCAUUGGACAAAUGCCAGCCGCACUUCCUGUGCCACUUCCACUUACGCCGCGCAAGCCAUCGUCAGCUGCGCUCUCCCUCUCGUUGGGCGAACAGCAAUUGCAGCAACAACUGCAAAGAGAAGAGCUCAAAGCCAAUGUGACCGCCGCUGCAGACUCGCUGAGCGCCGCCAUUAAAGGAAAUCUGGGCGGAAAUGGCUUGGACGCAACAUCGCAUAUGCUGACAAUGCGAUUCCAGAUGCUGCAGGAUCAGUACUUGCAGCACCAGGAGUACCAAAUAGUCAAUGAGCUGUCCAAAAACGAGUGCUUUCAGCGCCUCUCUGCUGUCGAUCGGGAGUCGGUAGUACGGCGCAAGGUUCAGUUGCUCGUUCUGCCAGAGUACUUGAGCAGCCUAAGCGGGCUGAGUAACUCGCUGGCUGUACUAAAUCCGGCAGCCGGGAGCCAGUUGUACCAUGUGAUAGCUGAGCAGGGUAAAAAGGAUCAGCAGCAGCUGUUUGCCAAUAGCACAGACCAGCAGCGGCCACUAGGCAAUCUACUGGAAGCAAACAACUUUAUACACAACGCAAAGCUAAUGCAUCAGCAGGCACAGCAGGUUCAGGCUGUUUCGCAGCGGCCUGCGGACGAGGUAGCGUUGCCUGGAUCGGCUGCUGAGCCGAAUAAGCUUGAUGAUAUACAUGUCAGCGAUCUGGAUAUGCUAAAUGAAUAUAACUUGCGUAUGCUGCUGCGAGGACAACCCACCGUUGGGCAUCCGCAGCCUCCGAUACAAACUCCUGGAAGUGACAAUCCCACUGGUGGGGAUUUCAUGACCGAGUCACGAAUGCUGGCAGCGCAGAACCUGAUGAUUCCAAUGUGGCUGCCUGCUCAACAGCAAGCACCGAAUCCGAACCAGAACCCGCAAUGGUCUGGAAUGGCAAACGCAAAGGUCACUCUGUGGGACGUGGCCACUUUGGAAGAAGAGCAGAGCCAACAACAGCAGCAACUACUAGCUCAACAGCAGCAACAGAAAUUCAUGGCAGGAGCAGUGCAAGCACCAGGUGCUGGUGCAGCAGCAGCCCUUGUAACUCCCCCAGUGGAUAAUUUGGGCGCUUGUUCCCAGGCUACUGACAAUCAAGACAAUCAUUUAAAGGAGUCGCUCAGUCCAAAGCCAACACAGACUGCGAUUGCGGAUGUGGAACCACUCAAGGAUCAACAUCCAUCACAGCCUCAGGCUCAUGUCAAGCCAACUAAUAAACAGAACUUGGCUGCUAGACCGCCGCAGCAGUCGGCACCGACAAAGUUUAUUAAUGAGGAAGAGCGGCGGCGGGAGCUAGCUGAGGAAAAGCGCCGACUCAAGGAAGAGCGCAAGCGUCAAGAGGAGAAACGCCGUGCCCUGCAGGUGGAAGAACAAAAAACUCGACAAUCGCAAGAAGAAAAGGAACGACAACUGCAAAUACAAGGUCAGCGUCGGAAGGCAUUACUAGGUAGCGCACAAGCCCCAGUUCAAGGUACAGCAACAGGAAUAGCAGUGAGCACCAAGCAUGUCGUUGCCAAGCCGGGGGAUUUACAAGCAUCUACUCGUUCGGCUGCUACAUCAAUUGCGCCAUGGUCACUUCGAUCGCCGAAAGCCAACAGCGCCGCGCCUGGACUGGCUGAGAUACAAAAGGCAGAAAGAAGAGAACGACGCGCGGAUCAGCAGCGACAGCAGGAACAGUUGGACAAACAAAUGCGUGCCUCUGCAGCAGCUGCAGCCGAGGCGAACGAUGCUCUUUUAAAGUGGCAGGCAGCACCCGCUCCGGCGCCCGUUAUGAGCCUGGCUGAUAUUCAAGCAGAGGAGGCCAAGCGGUUGGCCAACGAGCUCAUGGAACAGCAAAGGCGUCGCGAAGUAGAACAGCAACAGGCUGCCAUAGCAUCAAAUGUGGGUGGCACGUGUGGCCUGUCCAACAUCUGGGGAACUGCCAAUAAGGCUUGGAAUGCAUCCACCUCUUCUUCGCUUUCAUUGUCAACAGGUACUCGUCUAUGGGAUGAUCCCAGUUCCCCGUCGGUCAAUCAAAUUAUUUUGCAACCGUCUGCCAGUGCCAGUGGCGCUGGACCAAUCACUGCUGCGGCGGUUCUAGUCGCUGGUCUGCAUUUGGCGGAAAAACAUAGCAUACACGCACAGCCAAAAUCGACAACUGUCUUAGAAUCACCGCGGAAUUUGCGGAAGAGCCAGACCUUGCCGAGCAUGCAGAAUGUGGCAAAAACGACCAAAGCUGUUGGUGGACAGCUUCAGGAGAAGAACAAAACGAGUCAGGUAAGGCCGAAUCCCAAAGCGGCACCUACGGCGGCAGAAGAAAAGGACAAGGAUAGAAAAUCGAUUGGUAAGGGGUCCAUAGACCAGGCCAGCAAUAAAGUUAAUGAAUAUGAAAACGAGUUUACUAGCUGGUGUAUGAGAAGCUUGGACAAUAUGACCGCCAAAGUGGAUGUACCCACGUUUGUUGCAUUUUUGCAGGACUUAGAGGCACCAUAUGAAGUGAAGGACUAUGUGCGCAUAUACCUUGGCGACGGAAAAGAAUCUUCGGACUUUGCCAAACAAUUUUUGGAGCGGCGCAGUAAAUACAAGAGUUUGCAGCGUGCUCAAAACGCGCACAAUGAUGAUAUGUGCAAGCCCGCUCCGGCUAUAACACCAUCAGGAAACGAUAAUACCGAAAGCAAGAACAAGCAGAAGAAAGUCAAGAAGAACAAAAUGACUAAGUUGGACGCACGAAUUCUCGGUUUUUCGGUAACCGCUGCUGAGGGUCGCAUUAAUGUUGGCGUUCGGGACUAUGUCGACGGACCAUAACCACUCCGCAAGCGGCAACGACAACCUCAAGUUUUUUAUAUAAUGAGAAACCCUAUUAAAUAUAGAUUUGAAUUGAAGGCCGGCUAAUAAUUGGACUUAACCGUUGUUCAAAAUAAAUCCGUAUAUACAUGUGUAACUAACAUUCGUGUACCCUAA